CUCCCUCCUCCUCCCCCUGUCCUCCUCCUGCCCUCGCCUCCGCCGCACCUUCACCGUCACCAACAAUGCACUACACCGUCUGGGCCGCUGCAGUUGCCGGGGGGCGGUCGCCGCCUGCGACCCAACCAAUCCUGGCCCUCACCGUCGCCCCCGGUACACCGGGUGCCGCAUCUGGGGCGAACCGGCUGCUCCUUCGACCCCUCUGGCCCGGCCAUUGCCAGACCGGUGACUGCGGCGGUCUCCUUGCCUGCACGCCUACGGCUUCCCCUCCCGACACCUCGCAGAAUUCGCGCCUGAACCAGUACGCCGGCCAGGACUUCUACGACAUCUCCCUCGUCGACGGCUUCAACAUCCCCAUGGACUUCUCCCCGACGUCCGGAAAUUGCCACGACAUCCGGUGCACCGCGGACAUCAACGGUCAGUGCCCGGCGGAGCUGAAGGCACCCGGGGGGUGUAACAACCCGUGCACCGUGUUCAAGACCAAUGAGUACUGCUGCACUUCGGGAGGCUGUGGGCCCACGGACUAUUCCAAGUUUUUCAAGCAGAGGUGCCCUGAUGCGUACAGUUACCCCAAGGAUGACGCUACCAGCACUUUUACUUGUCCCAGUGGGGCUGAUUACAGGGUUGUGUUCUGCCCUUGAUCGAGCUUACUCAGAUGUUGUGUGAGCAAUCAAACUAUGGUUAAUUUGUACGUAGCUCAUUAAGAACGGAAUAAGGUCGCAUGUAAGCUCUACUUGAGCCAUCUAAUAAGUGACGUUACGAAGGAUUUGUAGGCGUGUGCUGUACACUUGUUUAAUUUACUUCUACGUACGUAUGAAUAAUACUAUUCUAGCUAGUUAAUUAA